ACCACAUCUAGUUUAGACCAGGUAGUGCAGCCUUGGUUAGGGGCUAUAAGACAGACAGACACACAGCACAGUCCACCACUACCCACUCUUCAGGAUGAAGGUAUUUUUGCUCCUGUCUCUGCUGGCUCCUGUAGCUGUCCUCUCUCAGUUCUACCUCCCUCAGGACUGUGAUGACAUCUAUCAACAUGACAACACCAAACCCAGUGGAGUGUACACCAUCUACCCUGGGGGUCCCACCACCCCCUUACAUGUCUACUGUGACAUGAACACGGAUGGAGGGAGGUGGACUGUGUUCCAGAGGAGAAUGGAUGGAACAGAGAACUUCUACAGACCCUGGGCACACUACAAAUCUGGCUUUGGGAACGUGGCUGGAGAGUACUGGCUGGGUCUGGACAACAUCUUCCUCCUGACAAUGAGGAAGAAGAAUGAGCUGAGAGUGGACAUGGAGGACUUUGAGGGAGGGAAAGUUUAUGCUAAAUACACGUCCUUCUCCAUUGAUCCUGAGAACUACGGAUACACACUGAGACUGGGCAGUUAUGUAGACGGAGGGGCAGGGGACUCCAUGUCGUAUAGCAACGGCAUGAAAUUCAGCACCUAUGACAAAGACCAGGAUACCUGGGGAGACCACUGUGCCAGACGCUUCAUGGGUGGAUUCUGGUACGGUGCCUGUAUGCAUGCUAACCCUAACGCCCUGUACGCCCCACAUCCGGCCACAUCUUUCACUGAUGUGUCUGUUUCUUGGCUUCACUGGAAAGGGGCAAACUACUCUCUGAAAAGCAUUACCUUUAAGAUCAGGUCUGUCUCUGAUGCUGUGGCUGUCCAGGAGCAGGAGUAACAUACCUGACUCUAUCAGUCCUGACCUAAUGUCACCAUCUCAAAAUUACUACAGAAAUAGAAUAUGGAGGAGGGGGCACCAGAGCUAGCCAGAGAGACACUGACACCUAGAGAACAAUAUGGUCACUACAUCAUCACUAUAACACUGACACCUAGAGAA